AAUAAUAAAUUAGAUUAUAAAAAACUUAGACCUUUUAAAAUUAUUAAAAAAGUCUUAUUAAUUAAUUAUAAAUUAAGAUUACUAAAUAUAAUACGAUACUAUCCUAUUUUUUAUAUUUUACUACUUGAGCUUAUACUAAGAGGUUUAUAUAUAAAAAAUUAUAUUAUCGUUAAACUAAAUUAA